AUGAGGCUCUUGUAUCUCGCCCUUGCAGCUCUGCUGUCUACAGCUCUGGCACAAGAGAGCACUACAGAUAGCAGCACUGCUACCAGCACAAGUUCCCAAGCUUUCACAACAACCAUUGCGGUCGGCCGAGCAGGACAUACCUUUUCUCCUGAUGUCGUUCAGGUUCCGGUGGGCGGCUUUGUUGAGUUCGACUUUUAUCCCACCAACCACUCGGUCAUUCGGGCAGAAUACCUGAAUCCAUGUGUUCCUUAUGAGAUAACCGGUAUCGGCAAAGUCGGAUUCUAUUCUGGCUUCAGACCCGUCGACGCUAUCCUGGCCGACCCACCAAAAUGGACUCUUCAGAUCAACGACUCAGACCCCAUCUUCUUCUACUGCGGUGCUCCAGGCUCUUGCACCACCUACCAGAUGGUCGGGGUCAUCAAUCCCAAUGCCAGCGUCUCGCUCGACACUCACAAACAAUACGCCGCCGACGCCGACUUCGCGCUGCUGCCCGGAGAGCCGUGGCCAGACGAGCACGACCCUUCCGUAACGACCUCCACAUCCACAGCGACUGCUAUAUACACGACGAGCAUGACUGCCACAAUGUCCUCGACGCCCACCACUUCGGGAUCUGCGUCUGGGGCAACAGCCACGCCCGAGUCACAUGCUCACCAGUCGACUCUAUCCACCGGAGCCAUAGCCGGGAUUGCCGUUGGUGGUGCUGCAGUCGUGCUCGCCGCAGCAGCGCUCAUCUUCUUCUGUGGCCGCCGAUCCAGACGCCGGGCCAGAAACGAACAGCCCACCGCGCCCACCACGCCGGCCAUGGGCCCGACUCACCCGCCAGCCUACGUCCCCCCGGCCACAAACUACGGCUACAUGUCACCCACGAACAAACACCUGUCCAUGACGACGGCCACGCCCGUCACCGACGCCUUCGGCAAUCCCAUCCAUAAUGGUGGCGGACCAUACAGCGGCGGCGGCUACCCAGCCGCCACCUACCCGCAAGGCUACGCGGGACAGCCCCCAAUGCAGCAGUCCCAGUCCCCGCAUAUGAUGGGCGUCGGCAACCCGCGUGCUUCCUAUCCUCAGCACUCGCCCUCCACGGACAUCUUCGGCACAAUCCAGCAGCAGCAGCAGCAGCAGCAGCACAUGCACGACACCCAGUCUGCCGCAGAGGUGCAUUCCCUGCGGGCGAGCAGUCCGAGCUCCAUGCACGCGUCCCACGCGGCCCCGGCGCCCGUCGUGGGCGGCAUCGAGGCCUUCCUCCAGCGGCAAGGGCGGACAAGCCCACAGCCCGAGAGCGAAGUUCCGGGCGACCAGGCCUUUCCGCAUGGAGGUGUCGGGCCUUAUGAGAUGGCCGCUACGGGCACGCACUUACGGCAGUCGUAG